UCCCUCUUUUUAUCUUUCGUUCGCUCAAACUGUUGUUCAUCAGAAGAAGGAUCUAAACAAAGAAGAUGAAGCUCUCUGUGUUUCGAUUGAGCUACUGGAACCGUCGAGGAUACACUUUCAGAUCAUCGCCGUUGUUAGAUCCCACAUUCGACGGCAAAUCUCCGUCGUCUGUGUUUUGGCUCGUCAUUCAUGCUCUCUGCUGCUUGAUCAGCUUGAUUCUAGGGUUUCGUUUCAGCCAUUUAGUACUCUUCUUCCUCUUUUCCACUUCCGUAACCAAUCUAUACACUACGCCUUUUCUUACCGCCGGAAACGGCGGUGUGAGCCAGCUUCUCCGGCUGAAACCUCUGGAAACAGCUACUAACAGCACGGCGAAGAAGAACUCUCGAGUGGUGGUUGGAAGACACGGGAUCCGGAUCCGUCCGUGGCCUCACCCGAAUCCGAUUGAGGUCUUGAGAGCGCAUCAGUUGCUUGUGAGAGUACAGAAAGAGCAGAAAUCGCUCUACGGUGUGAGGAGCCCUAAGACUCUGAUUGUGGUGACGCCGACUUAUGUACGGACUUUUCAGGCGCUUCAUUUGACCGGAGUUAUGCACUCCCUCAUGCUCGUUCCUUACGAUUUGGUUUGGAUCGUUGUGGAAGCUGGUGGAGUCACCAACGAGACUGCUUCCUUUAUCGCAAAAUCAGGAUUGAAGACGAUUCACUUGGGAUUCGAUGAGAAAAUGCCGAAUACUUGGGAAGAUCGUCACAAAUUGGAGACCAAAAUGAGACUUCACGCCUUUAGAAUCGUGGGAGAGAAGAAGUUAGAUGGGAUUGUUAUGUUUGCUGAUGAUAGCAAUAUGCAUAGCAUGGAGCUGUUUGAUGAGAUUCAAACUGUGAAAUGGGUUGGUGCUCUAUCUGUUGGUAUACUUGCUCACUCUGGUAAUGCAGAUGAAUUAUCAUCAGUCUUGAAGAAUCAACAAGGGAAGCAUAAAGAGAAACCUUUAAUGCCGAUCCAAGGUCCUAGUUGUGAUUCCUCUGAGAAAUUAGUUGGCUGGCACAUUUUCAACACUCAGCCUUAUGCCAAGAAGACUGCAGUUUAUAUUGAUGAAAAAGCGGCUGUGAUGCCUAGCAAGAUGGAAUGGUCAGGGUUUGUGUUCAACUCUAGGUUGUUAUGGAAGGAAUCUGUAGAUGAUAAGCCAGCAUGGGUUAAAGAUCUCCAUUUGUUGGAUGACACUGAGGAAAUUGAUAGUCCAUUGUCUUUCGUCAAGGAUCCUUCCAUGGUAGAGCCGCUUGGAAGCUGUGGCCGCCGUGUGUUGCUUUGGUGGCUUCGGGUUGAAGCUCGAGCUGAUAGCAAAUUCCCACCUGGCUGGAUCAUAAACUCGCCUUUAGAAAUCACACUGCCAUCAAAGCGAACACCAUGGCCAGACUCUUCCUCAGAGCUCCCAGAGGCCAUCAGAGAAGGGAAAAACAGUCAAUCAGGCACAGAAAGACAUCCCACGAAGGCAAGAGGAUCAAAGAGCAAGAGCUCCAAAGGGGGAAAGCAGGAACCGAAAACUUCUGAUAGUGUCAACGUAUCAGCAACUAUAGUGAAAGAUACAAACCAAUGAGGGAAGAAGCUGUUAUAUAAUCAUCCAAGUUUCAUUUCAUAUUCUUUUUCACCGUAAAUAUCGUAAUAUUGUUGAGAGUGUGUGUGUGUUCAUUGGCGUCAUCGUAUACAAUACAAAGUCACGUGA